AACUCGCAAGCAACGACAACAUGAAAAAUUGAGGAACCAGACCAAUGAAAACGUGAACCUGUGUGUUUUUGUGAGGGCUAAGGAAUUAAUCAUAGUUUCCAAUGGAAAUUCAGUUCCAACAUCCAAAGCAACAGUUGAGACCAAAAGGGAGAAAGAACAAAAGCAAGAACAAGUAUGUUGGAGUGAGGCAAAGGGCAUCAGGGAAAUGGGUUGCAGAGAUCAAAGAAACAACACAGAAGAUAAGAAUGUGGCUUGGCACAUACGAGACUGCAGAAGAAGCAGCCAGGGCUUAUGAUGAAGCUGCAUGCCUCCUUCGUGGAUCCAACACUCGCACCAACUUCAUCACACGUGUGUCCUCUGAUUCCCCUCUUGCUUCAAGGAUUCAGAACCUUCUCAGCAACAGAAAAGGCAUCAAAGAACAAGAACAACAUGCGGAAACCUCUGCCACCACAAGGGUCAACACCAACCAACAACAUGAUUUGAGUCUAUCAGAAGAAGGAGUUUCUACCCUACAAUAUGAGGAGCCAAAGUUCCAAUCUUUGCCGGAACAAGUGUCUAUAUUCAGUGCUCUCCAACAAGAUUGUUGCCAAAAGAAGACACGUGUGAGAGAUCAGAAGAAAAAAAGGGUUACCAUCACAUCAAGUAGUGGUAGUAGUACUGACACAAGCAUUAGUGACACAAGUGAGAACUCGCUUUGUAGUGAGACAAAAACCCAGAACACAGAACUGUUUGAUGAUGAUUAUAGACCCGAUUUGAGCAAUUUCAUGGGGUCUGAAUCAGGUUCUGGGAAAAAUCCUUCAUGGGGUUGUGAAGUUUUUUGUGAUGAUUUUCCCUUUGGCCAAGUAAUGGAUGUAGCAAACCUGCCUGAUAUAGCUGGCUUGGAGCUUCCAGAGUUUGAAAGGAUGAAGGUUGAAAGGCAAAUUUCAGCUUCACUUUAUGCAAUGAAUGGUGUGCAAGAGUACAUGAACACUGUUCAGGACUCUAAUAACACUGAAGCUACGUGGAAUCUUCCUCCCUUGUCCUCUUUUUUGUGUUAGUUAGUAUGAUCCUCCAAACCUUUCUUACAAUAUAUGUAUGCAGAUUUUCCUUUCUUAUUUUAAACAGGAAAGAAAUAGGUUCUCAAGAUUCAAAAUUUCAUAGGAACUCAAUUCAUGAAGUUAUCAAGUUGAAUCUAUUGAAACAUGAAUUUUAGGUUUUAAAUUGUUGGAAUUCGACUAAUAAUAAA